GCCUCUGUUUACACCUGAUCAUUCAUGUACAACGCGCUUUCAGAGAUCCCCAUUCCACAGAGCGCUCAAUUUGUUAGUUCAUCUGCUGUUCAAGUGACUCAUCAAAUUCGUGAUAAUGUGCGCGACAUCAAACGCUCUCUGACCUCCACCAUCGUCUUCUCGACAGACACACCGUUUGUCACCCCUGCCGCGGAUGUCGGGGACAUCGUGCUGUCUGCCUUUGCGCCUCUCGGCACCAUUUCGUACGGCCGGCAAGCCAUCUUGAGGCAGACGAGCGAGAAGAAACGUUUCGUGGAGAUUUGGAAGGACAAUGCUCUGGAGGUUGUAACUGAGGUCACAGACACGCAUGGCGAGUUCUAUGCUGACCCCAUGUUUUCCGCCCUGUCGUUCUCUCCCCUGGACACCGCCCUCGCAUACGUCGCGGAAGGCAAGGAGCCCACUGAGCCCGAGGAAAAGUUCCGGCUCAAGCCUACUUUGGGAGAGACGUACAGUGGCAAGCAACGUCCGACCAUCUUCGUCUUUCGAUGGGGCACCGACGACUCGACUGGCGGAAGUGCCGGCGUCAGCACUGGUCUACCUCUUCUUUUCGGCGAGCCCGUUUUCUCACCCAUCGAUUCCUCCAUUAUCUAUGCCACCGGAUACGAGUACGCGAGGGAUGGCCGACUUCUGGGGCCGGUAUACUGUAACAAUCGCGCUGCUGGCAUAUGGGAGAUCACACUGCAGGCAAACACAGCGAGAAAGCUCACACCGGGGAACGAAUCCUGUCGGUCGCCGCGGGCGUAUAACCGAGGCGGAAAGACACUGCUCUUCUGGUAUUCGACAGCUUCGGGUGGGCCACACGCAGGGACCUCGGCGCUCAACUCCCUCGAGCUUCCUGUGCAGCAGGACGCUGAGCUGAGCUCUCUCACGCGCGUUCUCGUAGAUACUGUGUGGGCGCAGCCUUCUUCUGCGGACGUCUUUCCAGGCUUGUACCCCGAUGCAAACCUGGCUCAGUCGUCGUGUCUUGUUUCUGCUUGUGGGGUGGACUACAUCGUCUUGAGCUCGACAUGGGGGUCUCGUGGUACCGUCUUGGCUGUGUCCCUCUCGACGGGCACUGUGGAGGAUCUCACUCCCGAUGUCGAUGGGAGGCUAUAUCACUGGAGCGUCCUUGGCACGGACGGCGGCAGUCAGAUCAUUUGCUCGAGAAGUGCCCCAGCAGUUCCACCAGAGAUUGUGCUUCUGCGACUUGGUUCGACAAUCCGAGAUGUUUAUGGUCAGGUCCUGCAGACACCGAAGCUCGGCGACAAAGGUGCACGCCAUAUCUACUCCUGGACUGCUUUGGCUGAUAGUUCUGCUCUGUCUCCAAGUUAAAGCCGCAUUGCAGGAGCUCUCUUCCACGGUGAUCAUUAUCCCGGAACGGGGCGGGAUGCAGACGGUGGUGAUGCACCCCAAGAAGGUGGGAAGCACCAUCCCACCUUGCAUCCACUUCAUCCAUGGUGGCCCACACGGAGCCACGGCCACAGCCUUCAAUGCAGCAACAGUAGCUCUGGCUGUUGGGGGGUACACGGUAUCGCAGCCAAACUAUCACGGAUCGAUGGGUCAAGGAGAGACGUUCCUGCGUUCGCUGUUAGGGCAUUGCGGCGAGCUGGACGUGCAAGAUUGCAUCGCAUCCACGAUGUAUUUGGUCAAGCUGGGCUUGUCUUCUGAGGGGAGAGGGAAACAAUUUGUCAUGGGAGGGAGUCACGGCGGAUUCUUGACGGCUCAUCUGAUUGGUCAGUUCCCGGACUUCUUCACGGCGGCAGUGCUUCGGAAUCCAGUCAUUACGACGGAGGCAAUGUCAUCAGAUAUCCCUGACUGGUACGCGAAUGAAUGGGGGAUCGACUAUCCGAUAUACUCUUUGCCGCAAGGCUUUCCUGACGUAUCAGCGCAGCCACGGACCACCCUCCCGCCGCGACGAUCCCCGGAAGCGGCCUUGCGCAUCUAUCCAACCUCCCCCAUCGCUCAUGCAGAGAAAGUCAAAGCGCACAUCCUCAUGCAUCUCGGGGGCUCGGACUUGCGCGUCACCCCAAGCCAUGGGCUGGAGUUCUAUCACACCGUAAAGGGCAAUGCCAGAAACUCAAGUCCUGAGCAGGGCGUCGAGAUGUAUUGGUUCGACAAGGAGAACCACGCGCUCGGGGGUGUGGAGUGUGCGAGGAUCGUCGCGAAGACGUCGUUGGAUUGGUUCGACAAGUAUAGAAACUGGUUCUGAGAUGGAAUGUUGCUAUCAAGAGUGGUAGAUUUCAAAUGUACAAGUAGCGCUGCUCCACCGUGUAGUCAAGGAAUACUGCCGAUUGCCCGAAACCGUCUGGACUCUGUUGGAUCAAAG